UAUGCCUCUCCUUCUUAUGGAGGGAAAAAUAGAUAAUUUUGUGCAGACUGGAUUGAAUUUUGUAGAUAAAAUUGAAUCAUGUACACUUGUUCGAUUUGUAAGAGUAACUUACGUAAAGAAUUCAAGCCAAUCCAACGAAACUUCCUCCUCCACUUACUACAGACCUCCAACAGGAUUUGCCUACAAAACUUUUAUACCGUCACCUAUAAAAGUUGGAAUGUGUUCUGGUACACCGGAAUAUGAACCAUUUUCUCUUACUUGGCAGAGGGCAAAAGCCUGGAUGAGAAUUGUAGAUCGAAAAAUAAUAGGAGCAGAAACAUUUUAUCAUCCUCUAUCCUAUAUAUGGCAUAAGCAGGAUGGUACAGAAACAAGUGUUAUGGACGGAGAAUGGAAUGAUAAUAAUCGAGGAGAUAGACGUCAAAGGUCACGAAAGCAGUUGGUUCAAGUAAUUAGAAUAUACACUGCAAGCGAUUACUCGGAACCUCCUGCAGAAAAACUACCGCCAUUGCCUGGUGUAGAAGAAUACAACGAUUGUGCAUGUGUAGAGAUACUAUCUAUCUAUCUUUCUCUCUCUUUCUCUUUGUCUUCUUUCGUUCCUAUUAAAAUUUCCAACCAUAAUUUGAUCCUUGUUGUUGUUGCUGUUGUUGUUGGUGGUGUUGUUGCUGUUGUUGCUGCUGAUGAUUAUCUGGAUAUUGAGUUGGAUACGAUGGCUGAAAAGGCGUCUGAUAGGGUUGUUGAUAAGGUUGUUGCUGGUACGGUUGUUGAUAAGGUUGUUGCUGGUACGGUGGUUGAUAAGGUUGCGGAUAUGUUUGUUGAUAAGGCUGUUGGUAGUACGGCUCAGGAGGAGGACAAGAUGGUGGCGGUUGAAGAGGCGGUUGGCUGGAAGGUGCUGUUGCUUUUUUAG